CCAGGAUAGAUGACGUCACUAACACCCCUAACCUGGGAUGAUCUUUCGGGUGUUUGCACUGGUGAUGUUAUCAGAGCCAGGGGAAGAGACGUGGAACCCUGAGUUCAGGAUCAUAAAAGGGUUGAAGUUAGUUUGACUGUAUCCCAGAUUCUUCAGCACCAAUACAUGCGUAAAUCCAUCUGGAUGACAUUCUCAAGGAGUGUCUGAUGCCAGGUUCAUUUUGGAAGUGGAUAUCUGCUCAGAUUGCAAGACUAACAAGAGUGCUAAGAGCCCAGUUUGGAGGAAUCAUGGAAGAAUCCACCCCACCCGCUAACCCUGGGGAGAUGAACCCUCACUCUCGCUUUAUCGUUGGUUCUGUGUCAGAGGACAACUCAGAAGAUGAGACUAGCUCCUUGGUGAAGCUUGACCUGCUAGAGGAGAAAGAGAGGUCUUUGUCUCCUGUAUCUGUCUGCUCGGAUUCCCUUUCAGAUCUAGGACUUCCUAACGUGCAAGAUAGCCUGGCAAGUCAUAUGAGGCCCAGUAUGUCUGGUUUACACCUUGUAAAACAAGGCCGGGACAGGAAGAAAGUUGACCUGCAGCGGGAUUUCACUGUGGCUUCUCCAGCAGAGUUUGUUACUCGUUUUGGAGGGAAUAAAGUUAUUGAAAAGGUCCUGAUAGCAAAUAAUGGAAUUGCAGCAGUGAAAUGCAUGAGAUCCAUCCGACGCUGGUCCUAUGAGAUGUUUCGAAAUGAGCGCGCGAUCAGAUUUGUUGUCAUGGUGACUCCUGAGGAUCUGAAAGCAAAUGCAGAAUACAUUAAAAUGGCAGAUCACUAUGUCCCAGUUCCAGGAGGACCAAACAACAACAACUAUGCAAAUGUGGAACUCAUUCUUGAUAUUGCUAAACGGAUUCCAGUGCAGGCUGUAUGGGCUGGCUGGGGCCAUGCCUCUGAGAACCCUAAGCUGCCAGAACUACUCCACAAAAAUGGGAUUGCUUUCAUGGGUCCUCCAAGCCAAGCAAUGUGGGCUUUAGGAGAUAAAAUUGCUUCUUCGAUAGUGGCUCAGACUGCAGGCAUCCCCACUCUUCCUUGGAGUGGCAGUGGUCUUCGAGUGGACUGGCAGGAAAAUGAUCUUCAGAAGCGUAUCUUGAAUGUUCCUCAGGAACUAUAUGAGAAAGGUUAUGUGAAAGACGUAGAUGAUGGACUGCGGGCUGCUGAGGAGGUUGGUUACCCUGUCAUGAUCAAGGCCUCUGAAGGAGGAGGAGGAAAAGGAAUUAGGAAAGUUAACAAUGCAGAUGACUUCCCCAACCUAUUUAGACAGGUUCAAGCUGAAGUCCCAGGCUCACCAAUCUUUGUAAUGAGACUGGCCAAACAGUCCCGUCACCUGGAGGUGCAGAUUCUGGCGGAUCAGUAUGGCAAUGCCAUCUCGCUCUUCGGCAGGGAUUGCUCUGUGCAGCGCAGGCACCAGAAGAUUAUUGAGGAAGCACCCGCUUCUAUUGCGACUUCCGUGGUGUUUGAGCACAUGGAACAGUGUGCGGUGAAGCUUGCCAAAAUGGUGGGAUAUGUGAGCGCAGGCACUGUGGAAUACCUGUACAGCCAGGAUGGCAGUUUCUACUUUCUGGAGUUGAAUCCUCGACUGCAAGUGGAGCACCCAUGCACAGAGAUGGUAGCUGAUGUUAAUCUGCCUGCAGCACAGCUCCAGAUUGCCAUGGGGAUUCCCCUCCACAGGAUCAAGGAUAUCCGGAUGAUGUACGGUGUUCCUCCGUGGGGAGAUGUACCUAUCGAUUUUGAGAAUUCGGCCCAAGUCCCCUGUCCGCGUGGCCAUGUCAUUGCAGCACGUAUCACCAGUGAGAACCCUGAUGAGGGAUUUAAGCCCAGUUCUGGUACGGUCCAAGAACUGAAUUUCCGCAGCAAUAAGAAUGUCUGGGGCUAUUUCAGUGUUGCUGCUGCAGGAGGGCUUCAUGAAUUUGCUGAUUCUCAGUUUGGUCACUGCUUUUCCUGGGGGGAGAAUCGAGAAGAAGCCAUCUCAAACAUGGUGGUGGCUUUGAAGGAGCUGUCCAUCCGAGGGGAUUUCCGAACCACUGUUGAGUACUUGAUUAAACUGUUGGAAACAGAAAGCUUCCAGCAGAACCGCAUUGACACUGGCUGGUUGGAUCGGCUCAUUGCUGAGAAAGUGCAGGCGGAAAGGCCGGAUACCAUGCUAGGAGUGGUAUGUGGAGCUCUGCAUGUGGCUGACGUGAGCUUCCGAAACAGUGUCUCCAACUUCCUGCACUCUUUGGAAAGGGGCCAAGUCCUGCCUGCUCAUACCCUGCUAAAUACUGUGGAUGUGGAACUCAUCUACGAAGGACGGAAGUAUGUGCUGAAGGUGACCCGGCAGUCUCCCAAUUCCUAUGUGGUUAUCAUGAACAGCUCCUGUGUGGAAGUUGAUGUGCAUCGACUGAGUGAUGGAGGACUGCUCUUGUCUUAUGAUGGCAGCAGCUAUACUACCUACAUGAAAGAAGAAGUGGACAGGUAUCGCAUCACUAUAGGUAACAAGACCUGUGUGUUUGAAAAGGAGAAUGAUCCCUCUAUACUGCGCUCACCUUCAGCUGGGAAGCUUAUCCAGUAUGUCGUGGAGGAUGGGGGACAUGUGUUUGCAGGCCAGUGCUUUGCAGAAAUAGAGGUGAUGAAGAUGGUGAUGACGCUAACAGCAGGAGAAUCGGGCUGCAUCCAUUAUGUCAAACGCCCUGGAGCAGUGCUGGAUCCAGGCUGUGUCAUUGCCAAGCUCCAGCUGGAUGACCCCAGCAGGGUUCAGCAGGCUGAGCUGCACACGGGUACCUUGCCACAGAUCCAGAGCACAGCACUUCGAGGCGAGAAACUCCAUCGCGUUUUCCAUUAUGUCCUAGAUAACCUGGUCAAUGUGAUGAAUGGAUACUGCCUGCCAGAGCCCUACUUCAGCAGCAAGGUGAAAGGCUGGGUUGAGCGACUCAUGAAGACGCUGAGAGAUCCAUCUUUGCCUCUUCUGGAACUUCAGGACAUCAUGACCAGUGUUUCUGGACGAAUACCGCCCAAUGUAGAGAAGUCCAUCAAGAAGGAGAUGGCCCAGUAUGCCAGCAACAUCACAUCCGUCCUUUGCCAAUUUCCCAGUCAACAGAUUGCCAAUAUCUUGGAUAGCCAUGCAGCCACCUUAAACCGCAAAUCAGAGCGUGAGGUCUUCUUCAUGAACACCCAGAGCAUUGUGCAGCUUGUACAGAGGUACCGGAGUGGUAUUCGGGGUCACAUGAAAGCAGUGGUGAUGGAUCUGCUCCGUCAGUAUCUAAAGGUGGAGACUCAGUUUCAGCACGGUCACUAUGACAAGUGUGUCUUUGCCCUUCGGGAAGAGAAUAAAAGUGACAUGAAUGCUGUUUUGAACUACAUCUUCUCACAUGCUCAGGUCACCAAGAAGAACCUGCUUGUUACAAUGCUCAUUGACCAGCUGUGUGGCCGUGACCCUACCUUGACAGAUGAGCUGAUUAAUAUUCUGACAGAGCUGACCCAGCUCAGCAAGACAACCAAUGCUAAAGUGGCCCUGCGAGCACGGCAGGUUCUCAUUGCUUCCCAUUUGCCAUCCUACGAGCUGCGUCACAACCAGGUGGAAUCCAUCUUCUUGUCCGCCAUUGACAUGUAUGGACACCAGUUCUGCAUUGAGAACCUGCAGAAACUCAUUUUGUCUGAGACAUCCAUCUUUGAUGUGCUACCCAACUUCUUCUACCACAGUAACCAGGUGGUAAGAAUGGCAGCUUUGGAGGUAUAUGUUCGAAGGGCAUACAUUGCCUAUGAGCUGAACAGUGUUCAGCAUCGCCAGCUGAAGGAUAACACUUGUGUGGUGGAGUUCCAGUUCAUGCUACCUACCUCCCAUCCAAACAGAGGGAACAUCCCCACGCUAAACAGAAUGUCCUUCUCUUCCAACCUCAAUCACUAUGGGAUGGUCCACGUAGCUAGCGUGAGUGAUGUACUGCUAGACAAUUCGUUCACUCCACCGUGCCAGCGGAUGGGCGGAAUGGUCUCCUUCCGCACAUUUGAAGACUUUGUCAGAAUCUUUGAUGAAGUGAUGAGUUGCUUCUGUGACUCUCCUCCACAGAGCCCAACCUUCCCUGAAGCUGGUCAUGCUUCCUUGUAUGAUGAAGACAAGGCUGCCCGUGAGGAGCCCAUUCACAUCCUUAAUGUUGCUAUUAAAACUGACAGUGACGUUGAUGAUGAUGGGCUGGCAGCCAUGUUCAGAGAAUUCACGCAAAGCAAGAAAUCGGUCCUGAUUGAACAUGGGAUUCGGAGGCUGACUUUUCUUGUAGCACAAAAGGACUUCAGGAAGCAGGUCAACUAUGAGGUCGAUCAGAGAUUUCAUAGGGAAUUUCCAAAGUUUUUCACGUUCCGUGCCAGGGAUAAGUUUGAGGAAGAUAGGAUCUACCGUCAUCUGGAGCCAGCUCUGGCUUUUCAGCUGGAAUUGAACCGGAUGCGCAACUUUGAUCUCACUGCCAUUCCGUGUGCCAAUCAUAAAAUGCAUCUCUACCUGGGAGCCGCUAAAGUUGAAGUGGGAACAGAAGUGACAGACUACAGGUUCUUCGUGAGGGCGAUUAUAAGGCAUUCAGACCUGGUUACCAAGGAAGCCUCCUUUGAGUAUCUGCAAAAUGAGGGAGAACGAUUGCUUCUGGAAGCCAUGGAUGAAUUGGAGGUGGCUUUUAAUAAUACCAAUGUGCGCACUGACUGCAAUCACAUCUUCUUAAACUUUGUGCCUACUGUCAUCAUGGACCCAUCUAAGAUUGAAGAGUCCGUGCGGAGCAUGGUGAUGCGCUAUGGGAGUCGCCUGUGGAAGCUCCGCGUCCUCCAAGCCGAGCUGAAAAUCAACAUCCGUUUGACCCCGACCGGGAAGGCGAUCCCCAUUCGUCUCUUCUUGACCAAUGAGUCUGGCUAUUAUUUGGACAUUAGUCUGUACAAAGAAGUGACAGACUCGAGAACAGCGCAGAUUAUGUUCCAAGCAUAUGGGGAUAAACAGGGACCACUUCAUGGGAUGCUGAUCAACACCCCAUAUGUGACCAAAGACCUGCUUCAGUCCAAGAGAUUCCAGGCACAAUCUUUAGGGACAUCAUAUGUCUAUGACAUUCCCGAGAUGUUUCGGCAGUCUUUGAUUAAGCUCUGGGAUUCUAUGAAGGAACACGCAUUCCUGCCCACGCGGCCUCUGCCGUCUGAUAUACUAACGUAUACUGAACUGGUGUUGGAUGAUCAGGGCCAGCUGGUGCACAUGAACAGGCUGCCUGGAGGAAAUGAGAUUGGGAUGGUGGCCUGGAAAAUGACUUUGAAAACCCCUGAGUAUCCAGAAGGCCGUGAUAUCAUUGUCAUUGGCAACGACAUUACAUACCGGAUAGGUUCUUUUGGGCCUCAAGAGGAUGUGCUGUUCCUGAGGGCUUCUGAACUUGCUCGGACACAUGGUAUUCCCCGAAUCUAUGUGGCUGCCAACAGCGGAGCCAGGAUUGGUUUGGCUGAGGAGAUUCGGCACAUGUUCCAUGUUGCCUGGGAAGACCCGGAUGACCCAUACAAAGGAUACAAAUACUUGUACCUGACUCCUCAAGACUACAAGAAAGUCAGUGCCCUGAACUCGGUUCAUUGUGAGCAUGUGGAGGACAACGGAGAGUCAAGGUAUAAGAUAACAGAUAUUAUCGGGAAGGAAGACGGACUUGGAAUAGAGAACCUCAGAGGAUCUGGCAUGAUUGCUGGAGAAUCAUCUUUAGCCUAUGAGAGUAUUAUCACCAUCAAUCUGGUUACAUGUCGGGCGAUUGGAAUUGGGGCUUACCUUGUUCGGCUAGGGCAGAGGACUAUCCAGGUUGAGAACUCGCACAUAAUCCUGACCGGCUGUGGAGCCCUUAACAAAGUCCUUGGACGGGAAGUUUAUACCUCCAACAACCAGCUGGGCGGGAUCCAGAUAAUGCACAACAACGGCGUGACGCACAGCACUGUGUGUGACGAUUUUGAAGGAGUCUACACUAUUCUGCAGUGGCUCUCCUACAUGCCAAAGAGUGUGUACAGCCCUGUUCCUAUCCUCAAAGUCAAGGAUCCAAUAGAGAGAUCUGUAGAGUUUGUUCCUACGAAGACUCCCUAUGAUCCCCGCUGGAUGCUGGCUGGACGCCCAAACCCAAGUCAAAAAGGCCAGUGGCUAAGCGGUUUCUUUGACAAUGGCUCAUUCCUGGAGAUCAUGCAGCCCUGGGCACAGACAGUUGUGGUCGGCAGAGCCAGGCUGGGAGGAAUACCUGUAGGAGUAGUUGCCGUAGAAACAAGAACAGUGGAGCUAAGUAUCCCUGCUGAUCCUGCAAACCUGGACUCUGAGGCCAAGAUAAUCCAGCAGGCUGGUCAGGUGUGGUUCCCUGACUCUGCCUUUAAGACUGCCCAGGCUAUCAAUGACUUCAACAGAGAAGGGCUGCCUCUGAUGGUCUUUGCUAAUUGGAGAGGCUUCUCCGGUGGAAUGAAAGACAUGUAUGACCAAGUGCUGAAGUUUGGCGCCUACAUCGUGGACGGCCUGAGAGAGUAUCGUCAGCCAGUGCUUAUUUACAUCCCUCCGCAAGCAGAGCUGAGAGGAGGGUCCUGGGCUGUGAUUGAUCCUACCAUUAAUCCGCGUCACAUGGAGAUGUACGCCGACCGAGAGAGCAGAGGAGGAAUCCUGGAACCGGAGGGGACAGUAGAAAUCAAAUUCCGCAGGAAAGAUCUGGUGAAGACAAUGAGGCGCGUGGACCCCAUCUACAUGCGUCUGGCGGAGCGGCUAGGUACGCCUGAGCUCAGCCCUGCUGAUCGGAAAGAGCUGGAGACCAAGCUGAAGGAACGGGAAGAGUUCCUCAUUCCCAUUUAUCACCAGGUAGCCAUGCAGUUUGCUGAUUUGCACGACACGCCGGGCCGGAUGCAGGAGAAGGGUGUUAUUACUGACAUUCUAGAUUGGAAAACUUCCCGUACUUUCUUCUACUGGAGAUUAAGACGUCUUCUGCUAGAAGACGUGGUCAAGAAGAAGAUCCAUGAUGCCAAUCCUGAGCUGACUGAUGGGCAAAUCCAGGCUAUGCUGAGACGCUGGUUUGUGGAAGUCGAAGGGACAGUAAAGGCGUACCUGUGGGACAGCAAUAAGGACCUAGUGGAGUGGCUGGAGAAACAGCUCACGGAAGAAGAAGGCGUUCGGUCCGUUGUAGAUGAAAACAUCAAAUACAUCUCGAGGGACUACAUACUUAAACAGAUACGAAGCUUGGUCCAGGCCAAUCCGGAGGUUGCCAUGGAUUCGAUCGUGCACAUGACCCAGCAUAUAUCACCCACCCAGCGAGCGGAGAUCGUGCGGAUCCUCUCCACAAUGGACUCGCCUUCUUCAACGUAAGAGCAUCGAUUUCCCGCGCGCUCCCCCUGCCUGGUACAGCAGAGGGAAAGAAAGCAAGUGCAGAAUUGCCCUUUGUCUGCUCGACUGCGGCCGCUGUACCGAGACGGGGAGGCUCGGGGAAACGCUGCCAGAAUGACAUUUUUAUUUUUUCAAAUCAGACUGACCAGAGGAAGUGUGUUCUUUGGCCAGAGACACGAGGAAAAUGUAUAAACACAAGCGCCUGCGGGAUCGAGUUACAGCUGUCUAACGGUACCUUAUUUAUUUAACAAAGCGUGACUGGACCAAUGCAUCGGUUAGCUGCGGGGCUGCCGCCCGAAAGCACUACAGCCAGGCAAUGAAGGGUACCGCGUACCGUGAGGCCUGGGCACAGCCGAGCGGGGCACCGUCGCGUUGCGCCCCUGCGACGGUCCCUUCUCGCGCUCGGUCUGGCGGCGGCAGCUUCAUGCUGACAAGUGCCAACGUCCCCGGAUUUGGGGAAAUCCUUGCUGAUCCGCGGAUGAGCGGAGCCUGCCACCGAGUCAGCCCUCGUCUCCGUCGGCCAGCGGGGAUUUGUGUUCCGAACGCCUGUCCUGACCCUCGCGAGGAGCAGCGAAGGCCGCGAGGGCAGCGCGGUGCCGCAGCCGGCUGCAGGGAAGGCCGCCGCGGUGCCCGGUGGUGCUGCCCGUCCCGGACAGCCGGGGCAGGUGGCAGGGGCAGGAUUUCUGAGCAAAAACCCAGCUCUUUUUGUGCCUGAUGUGUCGGGUUGCUUUAGAACAGUUAAGUACGCUGCGUGAGGAGCCCUGCAAGCCAGGAGGCCGCAGCAGAGCCGCUGGCCGUUUCUGCUCUUCCUCCCGUUCAUUUUGAGGGGCCACUUCUGCCUCGGACGGUCCUGGGGCAGCCCCGCUGUUGCACAUCCCUCACUUAAGUGCUAAUUCCUCCCACGUGAGCAGUUGACUGAAGCAGAAAGCAGAUAAAACCUGCCAGGGCAAGCCAGGGGAAGGCCAGUUUCACACGCACACGCGGGGUUAGAACUGCGCAAGGAGAACUCAGCGUAACGCGGCUGGGCAGAGCUUUCUCUGGUGCCCAGCUCUCCCUCGGGGCUGGUGGAGAGAGGGGGCUCCUGGUGCCUCCCAGGCGUAGUAAGGGACCAGAUAAGCAGGAGCUCUGGAGGAAGCACGACCCACCCAGCCUUGUUUUAAAAAGUAAGUCAAUUGAGCAAGUCAGUACUGUUAGGGAGCUCUGUAAAAGUGGUAUUGGAGAACUGACCCCAAGGAUUGUCUUAAAAGUAUUUCAGGUUUUACACCUCCCCUUUUAGUAUAGCUCCUUAACAGAAGGGAUAUUUUUACAGGAAAAUUAACUAACUGUGAUGCCAGUGCCUCAUCCCUGUAGUGUUUCCUUCUGAAGGGCAACACGUCCCUUCUGGGCACGUGGUGCCGGGGCUCUUGCAAAACCGAGGUGCAGCACCGUGGGUGCACUCUCCCUCCAGGGACAAGCACCGGGGACACCCCUGCCCGUGGUCAGCGGAGGUGCGUAAUCCGAGGAAAUAGCUUUUUCUUGACUGUUAAGAACCCUCAUUUGGUUUAAAAGACUCUCUUUUCCACUAGAGCCCCCGAACAAACCCCAAAGAUGCUUUCACUUAGGCCACACUGGGCUGCAGCAGGACACAAGGUCCAGGCAGAGACGGUCUCAGCAGGGAGGACUGACCGGGGGUGAGUGCACACAGGCGGGUCCGACUGACAGAUGCGCCCGGCGCAGUGCCGCGAGCUCGCGCUGCGUGGACGUCCCGCUGGGCUGCUCCGCUGCUGCCACCAGGACUUCGGCAUCGCCUCGCCAUGAAUCGGGCUCUUGCCAAGGAUGUCAGCGAGCGUUACGGGAGCUGCUGUUUGCUGUGCUGGAGAGGGGAGAGCUGUAGGUGCCAAAGCCACCCUGGGGGGGCCCUGCUGCCUCCUGCUUCCAGCACGGCCGGGCACGCGCCGGGGGAUUUCAAGCAGAGCAGUGGCACCGGGUCAGACUUAAGUUUUGGGUAAAGGAGCUCCAACAAGAAGCGGUUAAGUACCGCUGGAGCUGGCGUGAUGUCUGGUACUGACCGCGGGCACCGAUCCGGGAGCGGGCAGGGGCGGAGGGGCAGGCGCCGUGGCGGGACCCCCCCACGUUACCUACAGCUCUCACCGGUGCUGAAGUAUUCCAUUUACCUCAGUUUCUUUUAAUAAAAAGAACCAAUUCCAGCUGUCUCUUGCAGGAGUGGAAGUCUGUCGCCCCUUGUGCCCGGGGGAGCCGCGGGCGAUGGGUGCCGGCGUGGAGCAGCCCCUCGCCCCGACGCUCUGCACAGCUCGCAUCCCCCGGCCUCUGCCCACGCCAACCACGAGCAGUUCCCCUCCCUGCUCCCCGGGUUUAUUUUAUUUAACAUUGCACUGAACGAACAGAAAAAGGAAAACCCAGCCCCAGCUGCUGACGGCGGUGGGGGAACUUGUGUUAACUCUCUCCACGGAGGUGUUUCAGGGACAGGGGCUCCAUGAGCUGUUGCCCAUCGAAAUGAAGCUGCAAGCAGGCCGUUUGCUGAAGGGUGUCCCCCUACUAACCCCGGCGCUUACUGCCAACAGGCGCAUUUCGAAAGCUCCCCGCUGACGGUAGGUGUUCAGCUGCGACGUUGCACCACGGACAUGAGCACAACUCCAGCCAUCGGUCCCGUGCAUUCCUCAGACCCGGAUCCUGAGGGUUAAAAACAGGAAUCGCCAUAACAAACAUAAUGCAAUUUACAGGGGAGGGAGGGGGAGAGCCCUACUGAACUCCAGCAACGCAUUUAAAACUCUUUAGCCUAAAAUAUCUACAUAUUAAAAUGCCAAGAAAAGAAAUACCAAAGCUGUAAGCUCUCAAAAGCCCGAGAUCAAAGUGCCAUCAUCUUUUAAUGUAAACCUUUUGUUGCAUCAACAGUCUUAAGAGGGAUGAGAGACAUCAAAAUAAAAACUGAGACAAACUGUG